AUGGGCCUGCUGUCCUGGGUUCGUCCGAGUGGGCGGAUCUCAUUCUAUCACUCCAAGGACAACCAGUUACUACUGCAAUCAAAGGCUGGGAACAAGACCACUCUGGUGGACGUCUGCCGCAGUGCCACACCGAAAGAAUGCCACCUCAAUCCACUUCUAUUCAACGGCCACCUGCAGACCGCUUGGACCGUGAUGAAAUACGACCCGGUGCCGAUCUACUAUAAGCGAAAGGUGUUCCAGGCCGAUAGUGCAGCGUUCACGGGACACUAUGCGAUUGAUUUCGUUGUGGAGCCCUACGACAUGCCUCCAGAAGGAGAGCUCACCGACCAGGCGAGGAAAUACACGCUGCAAUCCGGCCUGCCAGAACGAACGUCGUUUUUCUCCGAAGAUCAAUUUGCGGCUCUGCCGUCGGACGACACAAAACCCAUGCUGGUGGUCCUCCACGGUCUGAGUGGUGGCUCGCAUGAACUGUACUUGCGGCAUGUCCUUGCUCCACUUGUCGCGGAUCAGUCCUGGGAAGCAUGCGUGGUCAAUUCGAGAGGAUGUGCACAAACUAAGAUCACCAGCGGCGUUCUUUACAAUGCUCGGGCUACAUGGGAUGUCCGACAGUCCGUGAAAUGGCUCCGGAAGAUGUUUCCCAACCGGCCGCUUUUUGGCAUCGGGUUCUCUCUGGGUGCUAAUAUUCUUACCAACUACCUAGGAGAGGAAGGAGAUGCCUGCCAACUCAAGGCUGCUGUGAUCUGCGCAAGCCCGUGGAACCUCGACGUUAGCUCUGUGAACCUGCAGAGUACAUGGCUGGGUAUGGAGGUAUACAGCUCGACCAUGGGCUCCAGUAUGAAAAAAAUGAUCGAACAACACGUCGAGGAAGUCUCGAAGAAUCCGCGUAUUGAUAUCGAGGCCGUGAGGAAUAUCAAGUACCUGCAUGAAUUUGAUCGGGCUUUGCAAUGUCCAUUAUGGGGCUACCCAACCGAAGGCGCAUAUUACCGUGAUGCUUCAUCUACGGAUUCGAUGCUGGCAAUCCGCAUUCCGUUCAUGACCAUCCAGGCUGAAGAUGACCCCAUUGCUUCACGCAGUGCUCUUCCGUUCCAGGAAAUCACACAGACGCCGUACGGUGUUAUGCUGACUACCUCGUGGGGUGGUCAUCUGGGCUGGUUUGAGCUUGGUGGCUCGAGAUGGUUUGUUAAGCCGGUGACCAACUUCCUGAACAAGAUGGCCAACGAAAUCGACAUGGCGACUCCCGGCAUCGUCGAGCAUCCCGAGAAGCUACCUGGAAACAUUGCCAGCCGUCAAGGGCCUGAGAAAGACCUCGGCCUGCUACCGAAAGCCGAAUUUGAUCCUGUUCGUCGCAAGUUGGCCCUGGAAAUUGUGCAAUAA